AUGGGAAGCAUCAGUCAGCUUCCUCGGCACAAGCAAAUUUGCUGGUCAGCGAGUGUCGAAACAUCGCGACCGGUGGCGAUUUCUGCGGCGGACGACCACCAAAAAACUCGAGAUGAGAUCGCUUAUCAAAGGGCCAAUGCAUCGAUACCGCAGCCGGGAACGAGUCCAGGUGAGCAGGAUAUCUCAUUUUAUCCCAUGUUGAGUGAGAGGAUGUUUGUGGACCGGCUGCAGCAGUUCCAUGAAGCCUUAGUUAAGGCGACUGUGAACAUCGUCCAUCGAUGGUGGGAGGACAAAGACUCCGACUUUCCCUCUCGAAUGCCUCUGGAGUCUCAAUUUGAAGAAACCUUGCAAUGGAUUGAUUUACAAAGCAAACAGAAAUCCAUGCCGGCUUUCGCAGACUGCCUCGGCCUCUGGAGACCAGACUUUCUUUUGAUAGAAAGUCAAAGUUCCGAGGUUGGAGCUGGAUUCAAAGUAUGCGAGAUCAAUAGUCGCUCGCCAAACAAUGCAAUCAUUCACACUGCGUACAAACAUGCCAUCAUGCAGGAACUGCUGGGACCGAAAUCUAUGAUUGUGCCAGCAGGCAAAUCUGAUACCAUGGUGGAUGGCUUUCUCAAUCAUUUUGACAUGGCUCUGCCCAUUCAUAUUAUUAGGGGAAGAGACACCCUCGACAGGAAAGAGUUCGCUCUGCUAGUUGAAGGAAAGACUGGAUUACGACCCAGAUUGAUUAACAUGACUGACCUACAACUAAGGCCUGAUCCAUCUUCUGCGACAGGAUUAUCUCCUUACUGGGUUAGUUUGGAUCUAGAGCCUGAAAAGAUUCAUCAAGCAAUAAUGUCUCUAUUUCCAGACGAAUUCAGUUCUCUCUCGCAAGAGAUGCUUCGCCAUCUGGCAAAGCUAUCGGUCAAUGAUUUCCGUGCUAUCGCAUUCGUGAAUGACCAGAGAUUCCUGGGUAUUAUUUUGCAAGAGCUGAACAAUCUUGUAGAGAAACACAAAGUUCUCACUCCUGAGCAGGAGCAGAUCCUUCGGGAGGGAAUCGUGCCAACAUUUAUACCGGGAUCCCAGGACCUGCAGGAAAUUUUGCAAAAAUCUCAGAAAGAGGGUAGGUCCAUGAAGAAUGAUUUUAUCUUCAAGGCAGCUCGCUCCAGCCGAGGCAAAGGACAUCUACUUGGGGAUGAAAUUUCAGAAGAAGAAUGGGAAGCGAUCUUACUUGGUAUGCAAGACCCGAAAGUUCGCGCAGACACCACCUCCUAUGUACUCCAACCAUAUGUGCGGCAGCCAAUGUUCGACAUUGCGGUCAACAAGAGCAGGAUGACCACUGGUAAUCAUAUUGUCGGCACAUACUACGCGACAAAUGGUUGCUUUGCUGGAAUGGGCCCGUGGCGCGCAGGGACCGGAAAGAUCUGCAAUGUGUACGGCAGUGGAUGUACGCUUGUAACAUCAGUUACGACAGUAGAUACUCUUUACCACAAAACUCCAUUUCCCGUCAUGGAAAACUCCACAUCGCACCCACUACAAAUAUGCCUAAGCGCCUCAAAAGAGUCGAGCAAGCUGGUGUCAGCCUCCAAAGCCUCAUAUAAAGAUCGAAAACAUGCAGAGGAAAUCUACCUUUCGGUGGUUUUGAAGUACACCAGCGGAUUGGCUCAUCUUCCAUAUGAAUUACGUUUCAUGAGCCCCAAUCCCAUACUGGUCUCUCAGCAGUUCUUGGAUGAGAUAAAGGAGUUUCACCAGGCUCUUACUCUUGCCUUAAAUCAUAUUGUACGGCGGUGGUUCUCGGAUAAAGAGGCUGCAUUCCCAACGCGAAUGCCACUUGAGCCUCAUGAAGAAGAGCUCCUACAGUGGGUGUCCGAGCAAAACAAAAAGAACGCGAUGCAUUUUUAUGAAGGGCACCAAGGAAAUUGGAGGCCAGACCUACUACUCCCUCUGGACGGGCAAGAAUCCUUCAAAAUAUGCGAAAUAAAUGCGAAGUACCCAUUCAACGGCAUCGAUUUAGCAGGUUUAUUCUACCAAGCUUUGGCCAACCCGGAUAUCAAACUUCCUUUCCUUGACCCAGCCGCAGAUGGAGACCGCCUGUUCGAUUCUAUCUUUGCAAUGUUCAAUCCAGACCAACCCAUUCACUUUCUCCAGUCCAAAGCCUUUAUUGAGACUAGGAAAAACGUCAUGACGGCGUUCAUGGACUUUGCGGAGAGGCGGACCGCGAUGAGGCCUCGAGCAGUAACCCCGGAGGAACUGCGUCUCGUGCGUGACCCUACAUCAAAAACAGGAUUUGCCCUUUAUUGCACCAGCGACCUACUUGGAUCACUGCCAUCUGUGCAGCAAAAUGGAGAGACGUUAGAAAAGGUGAGUCAAGUUGGUCUUCAGUUGAUGGGAAACGAGUUCCAGCCACUCGACCCUGAAAUAAGACACCAUUUGGGUCUCUAUGGAGUGAAUGAUGUCCGUAGUAUGCUUCUUGUACAGGACAAGCGUCUUCUGGGAAUCCUCCACCAAGAGCUUGAUGGUCUGGUCAAGAAACAUGAUGUCUUGACGGAGGAGCAGGCUGAACUACUCCGACGACGAGUCAUACCUACUAUUAUCCCUGGGUCCAAGGAAUUGCAGCAGCUUUUGAGCCAGUACCGGAACGGCACCAUCUCCAAAGAUCAUUACCUUCUGAAGCCCGUACGAGGAAGCCGCGGAGAGGGAAUAGUGUUUGGAGACGAGUUGAAUGACUUUGAAUGGGAAGCAAUACUGAACGAUUUGCAAAAUCCCGUUAUUUUUCCAGAAAGGAAGCUUUAUGUGAUCCAGCCAGUUGUUACGCAAGUUGAAAAGGAGCUAUUCCUAGAUGAGGAGGUCGGACAGCAGCGAUGCCAGCUCGUUGGUUCCUACCACGCUGUAAACGGCGAGUUUGUCGGUCUGGGAGCUUGGAGAGUGGUUAACUCCAGCCAGCGGACUUGCAAUAUGGCAACCGGACGAGCCUGGAAAUUGGGAAGUGUAGUUUUGCGCGAGUGA